GCCGCGGGAUUCACGGGUCGUAACGGGUGCACGCGCAAUUAAAAAUUGCUCGAGAUCUCAUAUCUUUGCGUGCCGCAUCAGCCGCGUGUUUCAGAUGCGCUUCAACUUAAUUCUGUCUAGAUUACCAGCUCUUUUGAUUGACACGCUGUAAUUGUACUUGUUUCAAAGAGCGUGCUCGUUUCUACAUUUCAAAUCUCUCCUUUGCUGAAUAUGCUUUUUUAUGCAGUGUCCAAGUGUUCGUCCUAACUAGUGAUGUCUAGAUCGACUAGCAACAGUAGCUACGUCGAUUCAUCGGCGACAAGUUUGUCUAGUUUGCCAUCGUCUAAUGAGUCUCUCGACGAGACUCGUGUCGAGAUAGACGGUGCCGCACUUAGUAAUAUAAUUGGUACCGAACCGCGUAAAACUAGUUUAUUCACGCUCUAUGCUAAAAUCUUUCGACUUCUUCUUACGGCGCAGAUACCGAAUUUUAGUUUUCUUAGCGACGAGUUACGCAACAGAGAACUCGAAAAUUUGAUUUUGCCGAGCGAUGAAGAAUGGCGUCAUCGAGUUUAUCACAGUCUCGUCGAAUUACAAAGAGAAAAGGACGCUGAAAUAACUGAAGAUAGAAGGAUGGAGGAUCUGUCGCCUAAAGGGCGACUAACUCGCAAGAAUUCACAAGAUUGGGAAUGGCGUCCUAGAGAAAAAGGUCAGCUUCCAAAAGGUAGAAGAAACGAGAGCCAAACGAGAGACAAUUCCUCGAAUGCCAUAUCAAGGACUGACGGUUCGAUGACUGAGGCUCGUGUCGAGCCAGGUUGGCGUAUCAAUGAUAUCCUCUUGGCGGCCAAUGUUUUGCAAAACAUACAACUUUCACCAAAUUAUUCCAAUGAGGCUGAAAUGAGACGCGUCUUUGGCUUAGUAUAUGACGUUCUGAGAUGUGAGAUAUUUUUACAAUACACCAAUUAACUGUCGUGUAGCUUUCUCGUUCUUUAAAACAGAAAUUUCCUGUAAGUAAACCUACUAAAGUUCUAGUAAGCAAAAAGUCAUAGUUACAGCGUUAUUAUUAUAACAGUAUUCAUUAACAAAGUAAUGUUUUAAAGUAUUAGUUUUUCCAAUAUUGUCAUGAACAUAUUUUGGCAUAGAUUUGGAGAUUUGAGUAAUGUUAAAAUAAAAUGUGCAAUGUAAAUAAUAUUGCAUUUUUUAACAUUGUAAUAAUGUUUUUCAUAACAUUAAAUUAAAUAAUAAAAAAAAUUAAUGUAUUAUGUAAACAUUGCAAUAAUUGUAUGCUAAUCGCUAUUUUAUUUAUUCUUGUUAUUUUAAUUAUAAUGUACAUAUAUAACAUGUUUUUAACAAAUUUUUGAAAUUAUUAUCAUGUUUAAAAUAAAAAAUAACAUGUAUAUUAGUAAUCGUUGAAGAUUAAACAUAUAUAAUUGAUUAAUAUUUCUACACUAAUUAUAUUAACUAAUUAAUAUUAAUACAUAUAAAGAAAUAAAUAUUAUACCGAUUAAAAGCUUGGAAACGCGAUUUUCUCGUAUAUGAGAAAUUAAAUAUAAAAAAUCUUUAAAAAUAUUCUAGUAAAGAAUUUCGCAGUUUUUAUAGAAAUAGGAUCUUGUCAAAUUGGCUGAAAUUUUGAUAUAGAUUUUGAUGUAGAUUUUGACUCACUGAUCAAAAGUCUCAAUAGUUACCAGAAGUAUGAUCCACGCUACAAAUGCUUCAAAGCAUUUGAUUCACCAAUUAAAACAAAGAAUUUUACGAAUUUGCCAAUCAAAGAAUAUUACGAAGCGUUUUUGUAGCAUUAAGUGACGUCUAUUAAGCUGGCACAGCCACUUUAGCACAAACAAAUAAAACUUACACAGAAAUUUAGUGCUCUUUAAUUGCUAAUUUGUUACUCAAGUCUCAAUUUUUUUGCUCCAGCCGUUUGGGAGAAAACGGUGGCUGUGUUAACUCAAGAUUAAAGUUAGCACAGCCACAGAAAAAAUUUUUUUUUUUAAUUUAAAAAACGGUAGUUUUUUAUAGAACUAAUUUUUUGCUAAUUAUUUACCCUAAUGCCAAUUUAUUUGUUCUAUUUUUAAACUCCAAAAACCACCCCUAAAGUUACUCCCUAGUAAAAAAACAUUCUAAAAAUUAAAAUACCAAGAUUUUUCAAUUAAUGACGCUUCUAAGAUUUUGUUGCUCACCGUUUAUAAUAAAUUUAAUUUUGUUGCUCCAGCCUUAACCCUUAAAAAUCACCCUUACUCACUGUACAUUAGCACAAUACUUAAAAAUGGUAAAUUAAUGAGACGUAUCGAUGAACAGCGUUUCUUAGAAUUUAUUUCUUGCGAAAUACACCAAAUAAAAAUUUAUUGCUAAUUGUUUAUUGCAAAAUUCCGUGGCUGUGCUAGACUCGACUCAAGAGUAAAGUACCCUUAAAAAAUUUGUUACUCAGCGGAUUUCUUUUCCAAAGUGUUUCUAGAUUUUGUUG